AGCAGCAGCAGAGCAGAGCUAUCUUCUUCUUCCAUCUCUCGUCGAUGACCAAGAUCCAGCCCCUUCCUUCCUCUCCCUGCUCCAUCUCUUCCUCCGGUGAUCACCAGCAGGGCAGACAGGCGUACACGCUCUGGAUGAAGUCGCUGGUGUUCAAUGGCAACGGCUGCGCGGUGUACGGCCCAGACGGCGCCGUCGCCUUCCGCGUCGACAACUACGGCUGCAGGGGCGGCCGCGAGGUCCUCUUCAUGGACCGCGCCGGCAAUGCCCUCAUCAGGAUCAGGCGCAAAGGCUUCGGCAUGUUCAGGAGGUGGGAGGUCUGCAGGUGUGCCCACGACGGAGGCGAGGGGGACGAGGCGACUCCUUGGUUCAGCGUGCGCCGGGCCGAGAAGGGCGGGGCCGCAGCCGCGAUGCACGACGGCGCGGGGACGUGCUACACGAUGGACGGAUGCUCACGCAAGCCGGAGUACAGAAUCUGCGACGUGGAUGGCACGGUCGUGGCCGAGGUGGCGCGGAAGCAGACGGCGGCGGGUGUGGUGCUCGGAGAGGACGUGCUGAGGCUGACGGUGGGGCCGGAGGUGGGCCACCUGCUCGCCUUGGGCUUGGUCGUCGUGCGUGGUCUCAUGAACGGAUCCAUGUGAUAGAUGCAUGCACAGGGUGUUCGUUAUCCGGUUCUCCUGGUCAAAAAUUUCGACUUUUGUACAGCUAAUUUAGACUUUAGAGUAGCCAAGAGUUUGUUUCACACGAACAUUUAGAAACCAUUUUGGGAACAUUUUUAGCCAAACUGAGGACAUGAAAACUCUUUUUGGUGGAUGGUUUUUCACCCUUUAUCAAGGGUUGUUCGAAGAAAUUCUUGUAGACGUAUACAUGUGGUAACAUAAUUACAGAUGUUUUCUGUUUGGAUGGAA